GCCAGGUGGUAUUCGUUCUGAUUCGUAUUCGAGUUGCUACCGUAACAAUGCCCAGUCCGGAUUUAUCACUGCUCUGUUAUUUAGGUCGACUGGCGAGUGCCCAACAGCAGUAUCGCAACUGACACGAUGGAGACGUUCGUCCUGCCCCCGCUUCCCCCGCGUCUGAACCCCUUCACGCACACGCUCUCCUCGAAUGAAUUAUCGCUCUUUGCAGUCGCCGCCUCGCUCGGCGUGCUCACCCUCGUCUACGCCCUCCGCAAGUUCUUCACUCGCUCGAACCUCAAGCCGGUCCCCGGCCCGCCGGGUGUGCCCAUCCUCGGCAACCUCUUCGACUGGCCGUCCGAGUACCAGGCGGAGACGGUGCAGGAAUGGAAGAAGGUGUACGGCCCGAUGGUCAAGCUGGGCAUCCUCGGCAAGCGCAUGAUCUUCCUCACCUCACCUACCGUCAUCUCAGAGCUCUUCGCCAAGCGCUCAGCGGACUACUCGGACAGGCCACGCCUUAUCUUCUCGCAGGACUAUGUCGGCCUCGACAUCAUGCACCCAAUGACGCAGUUCGGCGCGGACUUUAAGCAGCAGCGCAAGUUCAUGAAGGAGGUCCUGCACGCGGACGUCAUCCGGAAGCACGAGGACCUGCUUAACGAGGAGGGUCGGCGGCUCCUGCAGGGGAUGUGGGAUACGCCGAAGAACUUUGACCGCCACCUCCGUCGGUUCUCCUCAUCACUGAGUCUGAGGCUGGUUUACGGCUUCGAGGCGAUGGACAACGACGACCCGCACGUACUCCUCGCGGAGGAGAUGAUGCAGACGGCGGAGUACGCCGUCAUCGCGGGCUGGGCGGUCGAUUUCAUUCCGUGGUUGAGGUACCUCCCCGCUUGGCUUCCCGGCGUCGGCUGGAAGAAGCGCGGCGCGUACAUCCGAAGCAAGGUGGAUGCCAUGAUCUCGGGGAACUACGACGAGGUCAUGCAGAAAGUGAAAUCGGGCGUGCCGUUGCGCGACUCGUUCGUGACGAUCAACAUGCGCCUCGCGAAGGAGGGCAAGAGCACGUACGACGAGCAGAUGAUCAAGACGACCGCGACGGCGAUCUACGGCGGUGCCUCUGAUACAACUGCCUCGGCAGGCUGGUCCCUCAUCCUCGCGAUGCUCAUCAACCAAGACGCGCAGCGCAAGGCGCAGGAGGAGAUCGACCGUGUGACUGGCCGGCAGCGCCUUCCGCGCAUGGCGGACAAGGCGAGCCUGCCGUACCUCCAGGCGGUCGUGUGGGAGGUGUUCCGGUGGGCGCCUCCCGUGCCUGUUACGCUGCCGCAUCGCGCGAGGUAUGGCGGGGAGAUUGACGGGUAUGAGAUCAAGAAGGAUGAUACGCUGAUCGCGAACCUCUACUCGAUCUCGCGCGACGAGGAGUACCACACGGACCCGGAGACGUACGACCCCGACCGGUACUUGGACGGCGGGGAGGAGCGCACGCCGUACUACGUCUUUGGGUACGGGCACAGACGCUGCCCCGGCGCGGACAUGGCAUUCGCGCAGCUGUUCCACCAGGCGGCGUACGUGCUCUCCGUGUUCGACAUCCGCCCGGAGGUGGACAGCAAGGGUAACGCGAUGUACCCGAAGCCCGAGUUCGUCGGGGAGAUGGUGCGCCACCCGAAGCCGUUCAAGUGCGUGAUCACCCCGCGGUGGGAGAACGCGGAUCUGCUGUUCCAGGAGGAUGUGAAGGCGUAGGCAUGUGGACGGGAGGGGUUAGAGUGUGGAAGCGGGACUGAAAGCUUUGGGUAGUCGUUUGGUCUUGCCUCUGGCAGCGGGUCCAGUACUUCUACACGAUAGAUAGCAUAAUCUGUAACACUCCUUACUUGCAACAUCGAAAAGAGCCUUUUCC